UUGAUCCUCUAAUGAGUCCUUUCGCAGUAGACAUCGCCGAAAAAAAUAUCAUUGAUAAUAUUGAAAUUUCUAUCGACGUUCUCACAGUUUGGCAUCUCAAGAUGCUCAUCUGGAAUCAGAAGCAACGUGCUCUUGCUGAUAUUGACCCAGACCAACUAACACUAUGGAAGGUCGAAGGUCUUAGCGAAGGAAACAGGAAGUGGAAAAUACUCGAAAAGCCUCACGCCGAAAUUGAUAUCAAUCAAGAAUUUGGAGGCGAGAAGUUGUUUUCAACUAUGAGGUUUAAAGAAGCUUUUCCAGGCAAACUUCCAGAUAAUGUCGUCCAUGUUAUCGUGCAAUUGCCCAAAAAAAGAAACCGAGAUGAUUCAGACGAGAAAGGCGAAGGCCAAGAAAGUAAAAAAGUAAAACUAGUAGCAACUGCUAGUAAAAUCAUGAAGGGCAUAAUGAAACUUCCUGAUAUUUGUGACAUUUAUUCAGACCCGAAAAAUUUCCUUACAUUACCAUUCCCAUACCCUGGAUCAAAUAAACCAGUAGAUAGGUUUGCUAUUGACGGUAAUGGUUUUUUUAUCUUCAUGGGAAGGAAGAAAUUCAACAGUGUUCUAGACAAAAUUAAAGAAUUCAGAUCGAGCACUGGUUAUAUGAAAAUGUUUAUUUAUGGCACAGUAGGUUAUGGAAAGUCUCAUAUUCUCACAGCAAUAGCUUGCUUUCUUAUCCGAAUCGGAAAGCGUGUUGUGUAUCUUCCCGAUUGUCGCGAACUGGCUGUAAACCCAGUGGAAUACAUAAAAUCAGCCUUAUUUCUCACCUACAUAGAUGAUGAUGCGGUAACAAGCGAAAUUAAUGCCUGUAAAAAUUUUGAUCAAAUCAUAGCAUUUUGUGGAUCAUUAGAUGAGACAUUAUAUUUUAUAGUAGACCAAAUAAAUGCUCUGGAUGAUUGUAAUGAUACUGGAAUUAGCCCUGAAAAAAAGCGACAAGUUAAAGAAAAUAUUGAUAAAUUGUGCUGGAACCAUUUUUAUAUUAAGAGUUCUUCAGCUAACAACCAUGCAGUAUUACAUCUUAAGCAAAAACAGACCAAUGAAAAGAAAAUUACGCUUUAUGAAGGAUUUGAUGAGAAGGAUCAAAUUGAGGACAUCACUGGAAAAAUUCCACUUUUCUUAAACAAUUUAUUAGAAUUUAGUUGCGAUAAUUUUGAAGAGGCAUUGGACUACUUAAAUAAGCAAUUAAAAUCAAAGAUAAAAGAACCAAUGACAAACUUUUCAGACACUAUACCAGAAGGAAGACAGGAUUUGUAUAUAUUUAUAUUUUGUUUUGCAAUUGGAUGUCCUCCGAGUGGCUAUGGAGUUAAUGAUUUUGAUCAUCGCUUCUUCUACAUUGAAAAUGAAAUAUGCUAUUAUGUCUGUGGAAUGGCAAGAGAUUGUAUGGCGAAUUAUCUCUAUGAAAAGGGCAAAAUGGAAGUAUUUGCGGAUAUAAAUUGGAUUUCUUGUAUAAAGACUUUCAAGAACAAUCCAACAGUAAUGGGAUUUAUUGUGAAAAAGGCAUGCAUUGCCAACAUUUGGAAAAAUGGGCUUACAGUAAAUGGUACAAAUUUUAAGCCAAAUGAAAUUAAGUUUUUUUACAAAGAAAUAAAAAUUUCUGCAAGUGAAGGAACAUGCACAUUUCAUUUACCACGUAUUUGGAAUCAAAAGGAUAUCGAUGGAUUACUGAUCUCUUACCAAACAGUCCGAAGGCGUAUUAAGUUGUGUGUUGCCCCAAUUCAAAUUACACUUAAUAAGGAUAAUCAUAAAAAUUCGGAGAAUAGUUUUUUCGAUAGUAUUUGGAGAGAAUUAGAAUUACCAAAAUAUGAUGAUAUUGAGAUAUUGUUUAUAUGGAUUACCUAUAAAAGCGAUGCAAAUAAGGAAGUGAGUUCUAAUUUUAGAUGCUUACAGUCUGGAAAUAACGAAAUUAACCCUGAUUACACUCGGGUGGUGGUGGGAUUUGUGAAUAUCAGCCAAGAUAUUCAUAAUUAUCUAUCUAAGGUUUUAAGCCUAAAAAUAUUUAUUUCAUUGGGUAGCGGACGUUUAAAGGGAGUAAUUAUAGAUAAUCCAACUGAUUUUGAAGAGAAAUAUCAAAAUCUCAAAAACACUUUAAGUAUAGAUGGGCUAGCAAAUUGUUCAGAUAUUAAUGGUGCCACAGAACCUGUCUCAGUUAAAUGA